UUUAUUCGGGUAGUCGAUGGUUCUUGCCUGGCUUGAUAUCGAUAGGCUACAUAGCGUGGAAACGUGCAGAACGUUCGAACGUUCACUCACCGGUAUUAUACUAUAUAUAGUGAAUCAGCCAUUUUGUAGUACUGUUCUAAGUCUCAGCUGUAAAUUGUACUCACUAUAUAGUGCGCUGUUAAAUUCCCACACACGCCGCAGUACAUCACAAUUCAUCUGCAAGGUGAACAAACUGAAGAAGGAGAUAUGUUCCAUGUUAGUCAUCGGUUCGAUGUGCCUAAAUGAUGCCCUAAAAGUCCACCACAAAUGGUUUAACUUUUCCUGUUAUUAUAGCGUACUUAUCCUAUCUUCAUUUUUGUACAGUAAAGGAAAUCAAGAAAACUAUCUGAAAGAUUGAUGAAACAAAAGCCGCAUUAAACUUUUGAAUGACAUGGAAAAUAAAAUAGCUAAAUAUCACAUGAUGCCUUGUAACAGCAUUUCAUUCAUUUUACCGGAGGAAAACUAUUUUUUGGAAUGUAGAGUUUUGUUAGUGAGUGAGUGAGAUGACAGUGAAAACAGGAUUUUAGAUGGGCGGAGCUCCGUAUUUGUAAAAAUCUUUGAAUCAGGCAGCCGCAUUUAAACCGUGUUUAAAGUAUCACGCUUUUGUGCUGUGGUAUCUGUACUCUUCAAUAUAUUGUUACGUUAACCUUUCUUGUACCUGUCACCCUUCAAAUUCCAUUUCGUUGUGAAGUAGAUAGUCUGCUUAUGUUGUGUUUACUUCUAGCUCUUCACCAGCGCAGCUCAGAUGAUGAUGGCCAUUUGAGAGAACUGAGGUAGCUAGCUAGCCAGCUAAGUGACAGAAUCGUUGCCUUGCAAUGAAUGUAAUGGGGGGGUGAUAAUCUUGUUAUUUGGGUCUAAACCCAAAGUUAUUUAACUGUAUGAUAUCCCCGUUGCCAACGUUAUAUACAACGUUACUGGUGCUAAAGGACAGUAGUGUGAGUGUUGUUUAUGUUGCUAGCUAACUGUUUGUAAGCUAGGUCUCAGUGUUCUUGAAAAUAACGGUGACCUAUUUUCAGACUGGUUCUGACUUGAACAUUUUGGAGUCUGCUUGAUGUGUUUCUCCUGAAACUUUAUGAAAACAACUUUUGGGGUUUGGUAUACUGACAGUAGACAUAAUACUAGCAUAGCGGUGUAUUUGCACCUGUGGAUGUCACACUUGUGUUGACCAAAAUAGGCGACUGCAAUGUCGGUGACCUCCAUGCUACGUUGCGCUAUAAGGGUGGAUAAUAAAUAUGCUGCUGCACAUAUUCUCCAUAAGCGAGGUCUCUCUGGGGCCGAGGCUAUUAAUGCUCUGCGGCCCUUCUACUUUGCAGUGCACCCAGACUUCUUUGGCCAGCAUCCUAAGGAGAGGGAAGUCAAUGAAAACUCCUUAAAGAGACUAAAUGGUUACUUAGAAAAUCUGCAGAAGCCAGGGGCUCGUUCUGUCAAACCAACAAAGCUAACUUUUUAUGUUCGUGACACCAAGACGAAAGCGGACAUGGAGCAAGAGCUCCGUCCCUCAGGGUUUCGUCCGGUCAGCUUCACACUGCAGACUAAGGAUGUUUUGAGCACCGUGCUGGACGUGCUCCAGUCCUGCAGGCUGUCAGCAGAGCACAUGCAGGGCAUCAAGGCCAGUGCACAGCGCAACAGCAGCAGACCCAGUGUCCCUGAUGGGGCCACACCCUUCUACAGGCCCAUCAAAUGGGACAAGAGCUACUACACCUUCACUGGCUACAGAGAUCCAGAGGAGGAACUGCAGCAUGCCAAGAGAGUAGAACCCAGUCUUAGUUUGUGGCUGAGGAACAACGAGGCUGAGGCGAGCCGGAAGCAGAAGGCGAGUCAGCCACGCAGAGAUGAGCUGCAGCGCCUCAAGGAUGAGCUCUGUCAGAAGCUGGGCCUCGUGGACAUCAGGUGGCAGCGGAGCUGGGGCAUGGCCCACCGCUGCUGUCAGCUCCAGAGUCUGAGCCGCCUGGCCCUGCAGAGCCCCGAGGAUCUGUACAACCUGAGAGGGCACACGAUACUGUACAGCGACCAGUCAGGGAUGAACGCCUCAGGGUAUGUCAUGCUAGGAACCAUGGAUGUCCACCACCACUGGGCCAAACUCUUUGAGAGGCUGCCUAGCUAUCGCGGUCUGUUCCAGCAGACGGAGUGGCUGAAGGAGCGCAUCAGCCUGCUGCUGGGGGGCGUGCAGGUGAUCCACGUGGAGCGGCUGGGCCCUGUGCUGCCUCUGGAGGAGUACUACAGCACCCUCAACCACUUCCACAAGAGGCUGCUGCCCCAGCGCCCGGCCCUGCAUCCCCGCAGCCUGCAAGGACUCAGCAUGACUCUGGAGAGUGGACGCUCCAGCAUCGGUCUGCAUGAGAUGGGGCACUUCAUGAUCCCGGCAGCCUGCGACCCGCUCCAACUCCGCAACUUCCUCCAGACUCAGGCCCACGAGGCCCGACAGCGCCUCAAGCACCGGGACCAGCUGGAGGCUGAAGAGGAGCGUGUGGUGGAGGCGUGUGGGAGGGACCUGUCUCUGGCGGGCCUGUCCAAAGAGCGAAGCGUGUCCACCAGGCAGAUGAUCCCCUGCUGCCGCCGCCUGCUGGAGGAGCGCCUCCCACUCAUGCAGGGCCUGCAGCUGCGCGUCUCCAACUUCUACUCCGUCAUGCAGGACGGGGACCUCUGCAUACCCUGGGACUGGAAGGGCUGAAGACCAUUAACAGACACACACACACACACACACACACUACACACACACACACACACACACACACACACACACACACA